AUGGCGGUUCAACAAAGAAAUGAGAAGGCCGGUAGAAAGUCCGACAAAAACGCCCCAUCUGUCCCACAAGUGGACGCAUCACUGGACAAACCGCUUGAUAUUGAUGCUCCUCCUACUAUAUUCAGUGUCAAUUUGAAGCCAGAGUACGGCACUGCUGCACUGAACCUGUCUGCUGAUUUUAUCAAGCAAGAACAGGCACUGGCUAACAAGUAUCUAUUUUCCCAUCCCCUCGUUAUUCUCAUUAUAAUCGCUGGGUCGCUUAUUUACUUGGCUCCAAAAAUCGUCUUUCCAAUAAGAAACACGGGAUCCAUUGCAGGGUGGUUUUACCAGUUGUUUCAAAUUAAUAAGAAAGAGGUUCUCACUGGCCUGGUGUUCACUGCGAUCGGCGCGUCUUUCUUGUUCACUCUACUCUCCCGUAUUUCCGAUUCAUAUUUCAAGUCUAAGAUCAGCCAACUUGUCGCCUCUAAAGGUGAGAAAACCUUCGGUAUUAACUUGAACGAUUUGGUUGCAAGACACGAAACGGAAGACCCAGUGGUUGACAAUACACACAUUAUAGUUUAUCGGGAAACACCUAUUGCAUUGAUCUCGUUAACUCCCAACAUGACUUUGACCACUGAUGACAACUUAGUCAUGAGUGUUACCACCGUCGGUUGCCGUCGUGUAUAUGUCAAGAGUGGUAUUAUUGAGGAUUUGAUUGACUGGGCUAUGCUCUACUCAAAAACUGUCAGGAAAAAUGGCAAAUAUGGGGAGAGUAUGAAACUCUUGAUCGAUGUAUACUCGUUUGACAACACGCUGAAGGAGAUUUUGAAGAAAAAAGGAUUUACUUACAUUCAAAGUAUCAGAGUUUCUGAAAAUCGACUACUAGGCGGACUGUUCGGUGUCAAGAAGGAACUAUGGGGUUUGCAGUUCCAUUUCAAAACUGAACAUAAGGACUAA